CUGGAAGGCAGAGCAGGAGAUUUCACACACUCGGCAUGAUGUGGACUGCGCUUCUCCUGCUGGGACUCGCUGUUCUGUUGCUGUACGCGAGACGCACGAGACGAAGAAAUGAGCCUUCUCUCGAUAAAGGAAUGAUUCCCUGGCUCGGUCAUGCGCUUGAGUUUGGCAAAGAUGCUGCUAAAUUCCUGACACGAAUGAAGCAGAAGCACGGCGACAUUUUUACUGUGCGUGCAGCUGGACAAUAUAUCACUGUUCUGCUGGACUCAAAUUGUUAUGAUGCUGUCCUGUCCGAUGUGGUCUCGCUUGACCAGACGGGCUAUGCUCAGGUCCUAAUGAAGAGAAUCUUCAGCCUGAAUCUGCCCAGUCACAACCCAGAAUCUGAGAAGAAAAGAGCAGAAAUGCAUUUUCAGGGGUCCGCUUUAACCCAACUCUGUAGCUCAAUGCAGAACAACCUCCAGCACCUUGUGACCCCUUCAGAAAUGGGCCUGAAAGUAUCUGAGUGGAAAAAAGACGGACUCUUCCAUUUUUGCUACAGCUUGCUUUUUAAGACCGGCUAUCUUACUGUGUUCGGCGCAGAGAAAAACAACAGUGCAGCACUUGCAGAAAUUUAUGAGGAGUUUCGCCGGUUUGACAAGCUUUUGCCUAAACUGGCUCGGACUGCUGAAAACAAAGAGGAGAAACAAAUUGCAAGUUCAGCACGAGAAAAGCUGUGGAAAUGGCUGACUCCAUCAUGUUUAGAUAGAAAGCCAGAACGCCAAUCAUGGUUGGGGAACUAUGUACAGCACCUGCAGGAUGAAGGAAUUGAUGCUGAGACUCAGAGGAGAGCCAUGCUGCUACAGCUAUGGGUCACACAGGUGAGUUUCCCUCUGUCUCUAUCACUUAGUCAUCCUUUCACAACACAUAUGUUUCUAAAAGACAUUCUGGGUGGGGGAAAAAUAAGACCUAUAGAUACUUUACAUAAUACCCCGAUCUUUGAUAGCGUUCUUAGUGAGACGCUGCGUCUAACUGCAGCUGCUCUCAUCACUAGAGAAGUGAAGCAAGAUAAGAAGAUUUGUUUAAGCAAUGGGCAAGAAUACCAGCUCCGACGGGGUGAUCGGCUGUGCGUUUUCCCCUUCAUCAGCCCUCAGAUGGACCCACAGAUCCACCAACAGCCAGAGAUGUUCCAGUUUGACCGCUUCCUUAAUGCAGAUGGGACAGAGAAGAAAGACUUCUUUAAGGAAGGGUUGAGGAUGAAGUAUCCCUCUGUGCCCUGGGGGACCAAAGACAACCUGUGUCCAGGACGCCAAUUUGCAAUUGGUGCGAUUAAAGAGCUUGUGUUCACGAUCUUGACUCGAUUUGAUCUAGAACUGUGUGACAAGAAUGCAAAGCUGCCAUUGGUAGACCCCACCCGAUAUGGCUUUGGCAUUCUCCAACCAGCUGGCGAUCUAGAGAUACGCUACAGAAUAAGAUCUUAAUACGCCAAAUCGAAUUAAAACUGUACAGAUAGCAAUAGCCUUUUUUUUCUUACCAGUGUCUGAAUACUCAUUGCAAUAAAUAUUGUAUUUUUUU